AUGUCGUUGCCAAUGAAUUCACUGUACUCGCUCACCUGGGGUGAUUAUGGCACAUCUCUGGUAUCGGCCAUACAAUUGUUGCGCUGCCAUGGCGACCUAGUCGAUUGUACGUUGGCCGCCGGCGGACGCAGUUUUCCAGCGCACAAAAUUGUGCUCUGUGCGGCAUCGCCAUUUCUGUUGGACCUGCUAAAGAACACGCCAUGCAAACAUCCAGUGGUGAUGUUGGCUGGCGUCAAUGCCAACGAUUUGGAGGCACUGCUCGAGUUUGUCUACCGUGGCGAAGUGAGCGUCGAUCAUGCACAGUUGCCAUCGCUGUUGCAGGCGGCACAGUGCCUCAAUAUUCAGGGCCUGGCACCGCAGACGGUGACUAAAGAUGAUUAUACAACGCACUCGAUACAACUGCAGCAUAUGAUACCCCAGCACCAUGAACAGGACCAAUUGAUAGCGACGAUUGCAACGGCACCGCAGCAAACUGUGCACGCCCAGGUUGUGGAGGACAUUCACCAUCAGGGACAGAUACUGCAGGCGACCACACAGACCAAUGCCGCCGGCCACCAGCAGACGAUUGUCACAGCGGAUACAUCCAAACAUGAUCAGGCCGUCAUACAAAGUUUCUUACCCGCACGCAAACGAAAGCCGCGUGUCAAAAAAAUGUCACCAACGGCACCGAAAAUAAGCAAAAUUGAAGGCAUGGACACGAUUAUGGGCACACCGACCUCAUCGCACGCAGCGGCCGCACAGCAACAGCAAGUGGUGCAACAGCAGCAGGUGCUCGAUGAGAAUGGCGCCGAAACGCAACUGUUGUCGACGACGCCGAUCAUCAAGAGUGAAGGGCAAAAGGUUGAGACAAUUGUGACCAUGGAUCCCAACAAUAUGAUACCUGUGACAUCGGCCAAUGCGGCCACCGGUGAGAUAACGACAGCAUCUGGAACAACGGUAACGCCUAGCGCCAGUGGCACCACCGCCACGCCCAAGGCCAAACGCACCAAACAUCCGCCUGGCACAGAAAAACCACGAUCACGAUCACAAUCGGAACAGCCUGCAACAUGCCCCAUUUGCUAUGCGGUCAUACGUCAAUCGCGCAAUCUGCGACGCCAUCUCGAGCUGCGGCACUUCGCCAAGCCGGGCGUCAAAAAGGAGAAGAAAAGUAAGUCCGGUAAUGAUACAACACUAGACACCAGCGGUGAACUGAAUACGACGGCGGAGGGCGACACCAGUGUUGCAUCGGGUGCGGCGGGUGGCGGCGGCGCUGGUGGCGGCGGCAGCGGCGGCGGCGGUGGCAGUGGCACCAGCAGCGGCGCCUCUCAAGGCGGCAGUGGCACUUUGAACUCCAGCGGAGUUGUGCCUCAAGUGCAAACGGUGCAAUCGCUACAUCCACUACAAGGCGUGCAAGUGAAAAAGGAUCCCGAUGCCCAACAGCAGCAGCAACAGCAGCAGCAGCAACAACAGCAACAGCAGCAGCAACAACAACAGCAGCAGCAGCAACAACAACAACAACAAACAAUGACAGUAACAACCACAGCCGGCGGCCAAGUGCAACAGCAGCAGGUGCAGCAGCAAGUUCAAGUGCAACAGCAGCAGACGUUGCAUCAUCAGAUCAUCGAUUCGUCAGGCAACCUGACAACGCCAACGACCAGUGCACAAGCUGCCGCCCAGCAGCAGGCGGCCAAUCAGCAGCAGCAACAACAGCUGGUGGCUCAGUCGGAUGGCAGUGAGAGUGGUGCGCCGUUAUCAAUUGCUCAGGUGCAAACGUUGCAGGGUCAUCAGAUCAUUGGCAAUAUAAAUCAGGUGAAUAUGACUGAUUUUCAACAACAACAGCAACAGCCGCAGCAGCAACAACAGCAGCAGCAGCAGCAGCAACAACAACAACAACCACAGCAACAACAACAACAAACACAACCACAACAGACGCUUUGAGUAGCAACAAGCAACAUUUUGACGAAUCGGACGGAAUCGUAGAAAACAUAAAUUUUUGAUACCCAAUCCCUUGACUUGGUUCACCACAAUACGCUUUACUCUUCCCGGAAUGCGUGUAGUUAAAUUUCUACCAUCUAAACUUAUGGAUAUGUGGAGCAAACUGUAAUUAACCAACUGUGCUUGAGUCUACACAACUAUUGUCCAGAUUCGAUCACAGUUAAUGACACUGGCUUAAAGUCGAGCCGUCGUUCAACAAGCACAAAUUAACUUGAAACAUAAAAAACAAAAAAACGAAAGAAAAAAACAAUUAAGCUCGUUUCAAUUUUCAAGCACUUCAAACUAAUGUUCAAUAUCGACUUUAGACCAGUGUCAUUAAGUUUUCUUUGCUCGGCAUUUCACAAGUGUCUUUUAGUUUUUAUAACCAAUUUUGUUGUACAAUUAUUUAAAUUUAAUUAUUGAUUUCGCUAUGUUUAAUUUGUUUCGCAAUACUUAGUUAUGUUUAAGAACGCGCUAUGGUUAUUGGACUAUGUAAUUUUGCUUUAGUUUGCCACGUACAACGAUCCCCUUUCCCCAUAUCCCACCCCCCACCCCCCGAGCGCCGCCAUUGUUAUGUGUAUGUAGUCAUAGUUGAACUGACUAGGCAUCCUAGUCAAAUCUAAUAUCAGAUCAGUGAGCCUGCUCAAAAUCGUGGAUUGAUAAUUAACGACACUUUCACAAAAAUGUUGAUCAAUUGUUUUUUAAAUGUGUGCAAUACUUAUACAAUGUGUGGAUUGCUUAAACACAUACUAUUUAGUAUAAAUUAUUGGAAAAAUUAAUAUGGAUGCUUUAUCUAUCUAUCUAUCUAUCGUAUCGAUCUUUCACCGUAGUCUAGUUAGACUUGAUGCUGUCCACACGGACCUGUACUUCUUUUUGCCUUAACUCUGUUAAAACCAAGCCACAGAUAUCUAUAAGAUAUAGUUUCUAUUUUUGUGCAUUGCUCUUGGACCCACGUUGGUCCUGGGUACUGUACAAAAAAUUGUAGCCCACAAAAACUAUGCGCUCUAAAUUAUAUCUAAAAAAAAAAAAAAAAAAA